CUGCUCUGCUAUGAAGGAAGCGCCUCUCAUUCAGACUGGAAUGCGGGGCUGAGACUCGGAGCGAGUGAGGCUGAAAUCAGGAGGAGAGACUGAGAGAAACUUGAGGAGCAGAUGGCAUCGAUCGAGGAGUUUGACCCGCUCCACACCAGCGUCCCCGCCACCAAGAUAGAAGUUACUGUCUCAUGCAGGAACCUUUUGGACGUGGACACGUUCUCCAAGUCUGAUCCAGUGGUUGUUUUGUAUGUGCAGGGAAUUGGGACGAAAGAAUGGAGAGAGUUCGGCAGGACAGAAGUUAUUGAAAACACACUAAACCCAGACUUUGUGAGAAAGUUUGUUUUGGAUUACUUCUUUGAGGAGAAGCAGAACCUUCGAUUUGAUGUAUAUAAUGUGGACUCAAGAAGUUCAAACAUUUCAAAGCAUAAAUCUUUCCUGGGCCAGACCUUCUGCACUCUGGGAGAAAUCAUUGGCUCUGCUGGGGCUCGUCUGGAGAGAGUGCUGUCGGGUAUUCCAGGCAAGAAAUGCGGAAACAUCAUCUUUACAGCGGAAGAACUCAGCAACUGCAGGGAUAUUGCCACAAUGCAGCUUUGUGCUAACAAGCUGGAUAAGAAGGAUUUCUUUGGAAAAUCUGACCCUUUCCUGGUGUUCUACCGCAGCAACGAGGACGGCACGUUUACCAUCUGCCAUAAGACUGAGGUGAUCAAGAACACGCUGAACCCGGUGUGGCAGCCUUUCACCAUUCCCGUCAGAGCCCUCUGUAAUGGGGACUAUGACAGAACAGUUAAAGUUGAUGUGUAUGACUGGGACCGAGAUGGAAGUCAUGAUUUCAUUGGAGAGUUCACUACCAGCUAUAGAGAGCUGUCUCGAGGUCAGAGCCAGUUUAACGUGUACGAGGUUCUCAACCCCAAAAAGAAAGGCAGAAAAAAGAAAUACGUAAACUCCGGCACUGUAACGCUUUUGUCCUUCAAAGUGGAGUCAGAGUACACGUUUGUGGACUUCAUCAGAGGAGGGACCCAGCUCAACUUCACAGUGGCCAUAGACUUCACUGCUUCCAAUGGUAACCCUGCUCAGCCCACAUCCCUUCACUACAUGAGUCCAUAUCAGAUGAAUGCCUAUGCAAUGGCGCUGAAAGCAGUUGGGGAGAUUAUUCAGGACUAUGACAGUGACAAGCUCUUCCCAGCCUACGGCUUUGGGGCCAAGAUUCCUCCAGAUGGAAAAGUCUCACAUGCGUUUCCUCUGAAUACAGACUGUGAGAAUGCGAACUGUGUGGGGAUUGAAGGAGUGCUGGAAGCUUAUUACGAAUGUCUCCGAACGGUGCAGCUCUAUGGUCCCACCAAUUUCGCUCCUGUCAUCAACCAGGUGGCACAGUCUGCAGCAGAUGUGACAGACGGCUCGCAGUACUUUGUCCUACUCAUGAUCACUGACGGAGUCAUUUCCGACAUGGUGCAGACCAAGGAGGCUGUGGUCAAUGCUUCUUCCCUGCCCAUGUCAAUCAUCAUUGUGGGGGUGGGGCCUGCAGAGUUUGAUGCGAUGGAGGAGCUAGAUGGGGAUGAGGUGCGGGUGUCCUCCAAAGGCCGCGCUGCCGAACGGGACAUCGUACAGUUUGUGCCGUUCAGAGACUACAUCGACCGCACGGGGAACCAGGUGCUGAGCAUGGCUCGGCUGGCCAAAGACGUGCUGGCGGAGAUCCCCGAACAGCUGCUGUCCUUCAUGAAGAGCCGAGGAAUCGAACCCAGACCCGCACUGUCCAACUCUCCAGCAACACACAUCACCGUCCAUCUCUAAACGCAAACUCUUCAGCCCAAACUGCAGCUCAGCUCGCGCUAAAGACUUUAUAUUCUCAUGAAAAUUACCCAAGUAAUAAGCUCAUAAU